AUGCAGAUCUUCGUGAAGACCCUCACCGGGAAGACGAUCACCCUCGAGGUGGAGUCUUCGGACACGAUCGACAACGUUAAGGCCAAGAUCCAGGACAAGGAAGGCAUCCCCCCGGACCAGCAGAGGCUGAUCUUCGCCGGCAAGCAGCUGGAGGACGGCCGCACCCUCGCCGACUACAACAUCCAAAAGGAGUCCACCCUCCACCUGGUGCUCCGCCUGAGGGGAGGUAUGCAGAUCUUCGUGAAGACCCUCACCGGGAAGACGAUCACCCUCGAGGUGGAGUCUUCGGACACGAUCGACAACGUUAAGGCCAAGAUCCAGGACAAGGAGGGCAUCCCCCCGGACCAGCAGAGGCUGAUCUUCGCCGGCAAGCAGCUGGAGGACGGCCGCACCCUCGCCGACUACAACAUUCAAAAGGAGUCCACCCUCCACCUGGUGCUCCGCCUGAGGGGAGGUAUGCAGAUCUUCGUGAAGACCCUCACCGGGAAGACGAUCACCCUCGAGGUGGAGUCUUCGGACACGAUCGACAACGUUAAGGCCAAGAUCCAGGACAAGGAAGGCAUCCCCCCGGACCAGCAGAGGCUGAUCUUCGCCGGCAAGCAGCUGGAGGACGGCCGCACCCUCGCCGACUACAACAUCCAAAAGGAGUCCACCCUCCACCUGGUGCUCCGCCUGAGGGGAGGUAUGCAGAUCUUCGUGAAGACCCUCACCGGGAAGACGAUCACCCUCGAGGUGGAGUCUUCGGACACGAUCGACAACGUUAAGGCCAAGAUCCAGGACAAGGAGGGCAUCCCCCCGGACCAGCAGAGGCUGAUCUUCGCCGGCAAGCAGCUGGAGGACGGCCGCACCCUCGCCGACUACAACAUUCAAAAGGAAUCCACCCUCCACCUGGUGCUCCGCCUCCGUGGUGGACAGUAA